CUAAUGAUAAAUAAGUAGAAUUAUCUUCCUGAUUGAUUGAUUGAUUGAUUGAUGAUCUCCUUCCUUUCAUUCUCCACUUUAUAAUAACACCAAAUUCAUUUAAAAUCUCUAUUUUGGCCAGCUAUCACGUCAGUCAGCAUUAUCGAUAAUCAAUCAAAUCAAAUCAAGUAAUUUUUGUUUUUUUUUCUGUUUAAUGUUUUUUGUUCAAACUGGCUCGUCGUGCCAGCAAUUCAUCACAACCAAAAAUGCCUCGUGAACGUAAGAGCGCCAAAAAUAAACAAUCGGCCCUUGCGGUUGAUCAUCAUUUGGAUGGCUCUGAACCACCGGUGGUAAAAGCACCGAAAAAAAGACGAGGAUCAGCAGCUAAUUCCGGUGCUGGUAUGAGAGGUAAUGCCAAUCAAAAUCAGAAUGGUGAUUCAAUGAUGGUUCCACCGCCACAGCCACUUGGAUCUGGUUAUGGUGAUACUUUAUAUGCAUCAAAUCCAUUCGAUGAUACCCCACCUAUGUGUCCACCUAUUCCUCCCGGUGGUAAUGCACAUUCUGUUGGUAUGCCUCCACAAAUGGGUGGUCCAAUGUCGCAGCAUGGUCCACCUGGUCCCGGUCCAAUGAUGAAUCCAAAUGGUCCAGGAGGAAUGAUGCCUGGAAAUGCUCGAAUGAUGAAUAAUAGUGGUGGUCCUCGUGGAAUGUCACCAGGUAUGGGUGUUGGUCCAAAACCACCACCACCUGGAAUGUUAGGCAGUGGUCCACCACCACCUGGAAUGCCAGGUGGUCCUGGCGGUCGAUCAUAUCCACCCGAACAAUCAAUGGUAUUCAAUGCAGCCAAUCCAAAUGCACCACCAAUUUAUCAAUGUGGUUUUUGUCGAAAAGAAAUUCAUGAUAAUGAUCAAGCUAUUUUAUGUGAAUCUGGUUGUAAUUUUUGGUAUCAUCGUAUCUGUGUAGGCAUAUCCGAACGAGCAUUUAUUCUUUUAACACAAGAAGUUUAUGCUGAAUGGGUAUGUGAUAAUUGUAAUAAUAAUAAAAAUAUUCCUUUGAUUAAAUUUAAAUCAUAAUUUUCAUAAAUUAUA